AUGUCUUCCGACCAGAACCAGAACCAGAACAAGCCAGGUGCGCACGCCUUCAUCACCACACAACCAUCAUCGCCACCACCCCCCGUUUCUCCCGCAGGCAUCUUCGGAUCCUUAGGCAACGUCGCUGGUAGCGCUGCCGGCACUGUUGGAAAGGGCGUCUCGGGCGUCACCAACACGCUGGGCGAGACCGUCGGUACUGUUGGCAAGGGUCUCGGCGAUACCCUUACCGGUGUGACGAAGGGUCUCGGUGACACGACCAAGGGCGUUGGAAACACCGUCAACGCUGGCACCGAUAAAGUUGGAGACACUGUGUCUAGCAAGCCCAGCGACACCAAGUAA